CUUGUUUACCAACAGAGGGCUGAGUGACGUCACAAGGGGGAGAACACGGCUGGCAGUCUGGCAAUCCUGAUCUGAGCCUUAGGAUAAGCCAGCCCGACAAUGAUGAGAUAGUGCCUGGGCCAGCCCUGAGAGUGUCUCUGUGAUGGUGAGGUGGUGAGGUUCCGCCCAUUGGGGCCGGACACCCCUUGCCACGCCCCCAGCGCAUGGCUGGGGCACCCCAGUAACCGCCACGCCAGGCUGUGCCACCAUGAGCGACGGCGUCAGCAAGUGGCCCUGCGGGAGAUGCACAUACCUCAACUUUGCCAACGCCAUCCGGUGCACCAUGUGCACGGUGCCCCGCUCCCCCCACCUCAUAGUGGAGGCCGGGGCAGACAUCUACCAGCUGGCCCCGCCCUCACCCGCACCCCGGCCGCCCGAGGGGCCGCCCCCGCAGGACGGAGACAAGUGGGUGUGCCACCUGUGUACUUACCGCAACUACCCGCGUGCCCUGCGCUGCACCCAGUGCCGCACCCCGCGCCUCUCCCUGGCUGACCAGAUGGCCGACCUGUCCCUGGCCAAGCCGGCCACCCCCACCCCAACCACCACGCCCCCCACGGUACCCGUCAUUAUCACCGCCGCCUCCACCACGGGGACCACUGCCUUAGUCCCGCCUGCCCCCUCCAUCACCACUGCUACCACCACCACCACCACCACCACUGCAGCUGCUGCGGCCACCACUGCCAAUAACCGUACUGCCACCCCCACCCAGGGGCGGGCCGCAGCCCAGAGUGGAGGUGGGGCAUCUCAGGGGGCAGGGGCUGAGCACCAGAGUCCUGGGGGAGGGACACCUCCUGGGGGUGCUGGGCGGUGCAGUCCCCAGGGGGCUGGACUCUCCCAACCCCAGACCCGGCCCUGCUCAGAGCCCAGCGUGCCCAGCUACAAGUGGCGGUGCCGUGCCUGCACGUAUGAGAACUGGCCCAAGUCAGGGCGCUGUGUGAUGUGUGCCACUGUCAAGGGUUCCAACUCCUCCUCAGACCAGCCGCAGCCCUCUCGGCUGGCCACCCCACCCCCACCCAGUGAGGGCACACAGUCCCCUGUGGAGGGGGGAGUGGCCCCCAGGACACCAGAACCAGCAGCCGGGGAGGUGCACAUCAUCUGUGAGUCCAGCGACGACCAGCGUGUCGAGAACAACGCCAAGAACAGAGACAACAUCAACGAGAUCAACAAGGCACGCAGCAGUGAGGGGGGGGCGCCCUCCGAGGCCCCCGUCAUUGCUCCCAGGAACCCCACAGACUCCAAGGAGGUCGUGCCCCAGGUGCCAGGGGCCAACACUGCUGCUGCGGGAGGCGGCAGCAUACGGCCGGGGGGGGAAGGCGCCAUGGCUCUCAACAACUAUGAGACAGAGCGCCUGCUGAGGCAGCUGCGGCGGCGGCUGAGGGAGGCCGACUGGGCCUGGCUCAGCGCCUGCAAUGGAGUGGUGGAGGGGAACUAUGAGCCUGUGGAGGCGUACCUCUCAGCCGGUGGUGAUCCCAUGCGGCAGCUGACCAGUGCUGAUGUGAAGCUUUUGUCCCGCUCCUCGGCCUUCGAUGAAGGACACACACUCGUCCACCUGGCCAUAAGGUUUGGCCGUGAAGACCUCCUGGCCACCAUUUUAUCACGGAUGGAUGGUGGUGGCACUGGGGUGAAGAGAGUACCGUCAUAUGUGGCCCCAGACUUGGCCAAUGACAUCCGCCGGCACCUGUCAGCCUCCAUCCGGCAGCGCAAAGGCCCCAUUCCCUGCUACUUUGUCUCAGAGUCCGUCACCUUUUCCCUUCCCGCUGAAAUUGAAGACCUACCCGUGAGUGUGCAAGAGCAGCUGUUUGAGGAGCUGCUAGAUCGUGACGCCCAGAAGCAGCUUGAGGAGGACGCUCCCAUCAUUAACUGGUCCCUUGAGAUCACUGACCGCCUUGGAGCUCGCCUCUACGCCCUUUGGAAUCGUACUGCAGGUGACUGCCUCCUGGACUCCAUCCUUCAGGCCACCUGGGGCGUCUUUGACAGGGAGAACGUCCUCAGGAGAGCCUUGUCAGACAGUCUUUCAGAAGCAUCUCAUUUGUUUUACCCCCGGUGGAAGGAAUAUGAGCGGUGGCAGGCACGUCUUCUCGACUACUACGUCCCAGAAGGCCAGGUGUUGGAGGAGUGGGCUGAGCUUAUCUGCCUCGCCUCCCAGCCUGGCGCCGCACUCGAGCAGCUUCACAUUUUUGUUCUGGCACACAUCCUUCGCCGCCCCAUCAUUGUAUACGGGGUGAAGUGCGUCAAGAGUUUUCGUGGCGAGGACUUGGGCUAUGCGAGAUUUGAAGGUGUGUACCUACCUCUUCUGUGGGAACCAACUUUCUGCUGGAAGUCUCCCAUUGCGUUGGGCUACACCCGGGGACACUUCUCAGCCCUCGUGCCCAUGGAGCCGGACACCCCUGACAACUUGGGUGCCGGGGCCAUUCUGGAUGCGGGGGAGUCCCAGGUUGUGUUUCUCCCCCUUAUGACUCAUGAUGCCAAGCUUCUGCCUGUCCACUUCAUCACCCAGGCUGAGGUUGGGUGUGAGGAGUCGUUACUGCGGCAGUGGCUGGAGGUGUGUGUGAGUGAGGGCGGCGUGCUGGUGGCUCAGCAGCGACUCACCAAGAAGCCGCUGGCUGUGGCCCAGAUGACAGAGGAGUGGCUCAACCACUACCGGAGGCUUGCACAAAUGGAGUGUGCACCGUACCACCGGCCAAUACCCACUCAGGGCUACUCCAGCGAUGGGGAUUCAGAGGAGGAGUAAAGCCUGGGGUGGUCACGACACAACCCAGGAGUGGACACCCUUCAAGGCACACUCGGCAGGCCUGUUUCCCUCCCUCCGUUUCUCUGCUGACCAAGUUGUAGCCAGGACACUUUCCCCUGUGUGUGGAGGGAAGGUGUCUGCUGCUCCCACUGCUGCUGCCAGCCGACCAGAUAGAUCACUAGGGCAUGCCAGUGUUGCCAGUUCUGAGGUGGCUUACUUGUGAUCUUGAUGCUUUAAAUGAAAUUCUCCUUUGUAGGGCGUUGUGAGUGAGGUCCAAUGCUUAAACUGUUCUUGGUAGGGUGUCACACGAAGGAGGUUAAUAGUUUCACUACAAUUCUCCUUAGUAGGACUUUACAAAAAAAAGAAAAAAAGUUUGAUGCUUUAACCAGAUUCCCCCAGUAGGAUAUUAUUAAAAAGUUAUAAUUUGAGAGAGUUUUGUGUGUGGUUAUUAUUUAUAUGAAGGCUUUAUGCUGUUAGAAUUUUGUAAGUUCUAGGCUUUACUUGAAGGAAAAUGUGAUGAUUCUUAAAUUUUCUUAUAUAAGUAGUUAAUUCUUCCCUCAAGUUUGUCAAGAACUUAAGGGAACUUAUUUUCUGGUUCAUAAGUGGGAGAGGUAAUUUGGGAUAAUUCAGCAGCAUUUAGUUUUACAAAAUUUUGUGUUUUUUGUGGAAUUGGGUUGUAGUUGGGAAGAAGCUGAACCAUCUCUCCUCCAGCAUUCCAGAGACAGGAAUGGUGGUGCAGGAGAGACAGACAAUCCUUCCGUUCUGAGACGGUCUUGUUUUCUGAGCAUUGCAAAACGCAUCACUCACCUACUGAAGAAUUGAGCACAAGGAAUGCAAUCCAUUACAUGCUAAGCAACAAGGAACUAUUUAUUUCAGCUGGAGUGCCAAAACCCCUUUACUUUUCCUGGUCAGUACACCACUAAUGAAAGAAACGCAUCUGUGCUUACAUUCUACAUCCAACACGUGCAUGCAGGUGAAGGUGAUAACUGAUAACUGCAUUGUAGCUACUGAUCAACCUUAUGAGAACUCAGCAAAGUGUAGGACUGCUCCAGCUGGUGUGAGGAGUGUGUGUGUUUGAGUGAAUGAGUGAGUAAGUGUGUGUGUGGUAUAGUAUUGCAGGGCAGCCUUGGAGAGGUAUAUUACAGAGAGCUUCACCCAGAAUCCCUCUAUCCUCAUCCUGUCUCUUUCUCCUUUUAUGUCAAUUGGCUGUUAAGUUGUUGUAUCAUAAAAGUAUAUUGUUUGAAUACUUGAAUGACGUAGUUUAAAUGACGAACGAAUUAUCGGACGUAGAGUGAACAGUGGGGAGACGACAAUGGAUGAGGUGUCCUGUGGUGAGCCGGCCACUGACAACCUCUCCUCCCAAUACAGUGAUCUGUAAGUCAGCGGCGUUAAAAGUGCAAUUCGUAUAGGCAUAAUACAUCUUUUUCCAUCUAGUGUGGCAGCUUUUGUUGAUGUACUCCAUCAAGCUAGGAUUAGGGCUAUACAGUAAAGUCUCUGCUCUCUGCAGGUCAAAUUCCUCAGCGUCUCGAUCAGCGUGUUUUGAUUGACGAAUCUCAGUAUUUUGUGCGGUAGACAGUACCUCCAAUUCUGAAUGUGGCAGGAUGUUGUGCUGCUGGUGCCUGCAGGGUGGCUGACACGUGCAGUUGCUUUGUGUGUGCAGCAGCAGCCAGCACCAUUGCCAGUACUGUACAAUUCAUGCCUGUAUAUAAGUGAGUCCAGCUGAGGAGACUUGACUGUGCAGAGAAAUGCUGAGCUGCAUUUUUGAUUUCCUGUCAUGCUGCCAGCAGACAAUACAAACCAGCAUUUGACACUUGCAUGGACAUUGCAUACAGAAAGGUUAGACUUAAUACAUGGAUUACAUGGACUUCAGGAAAGUUAAUCAGUAUUCCGGGUAACUCAAGUUGCUUAAGCUGAACGUGACGCAUCAGCCAGCCGUGGGAAUGACAACGUUUGCCAUAACAACACAGCGUAAUCCUUUAUGUCAUGAUUUGGUUGUGAGUAAUAUUUAUCAGUAUUUCCUGGACUCUGUCUUGCAUUGCUUGGUAUGUUAAUAUCAGAUAACCGCAUUUAACUCCUUUCUUUGAGCACAAACAUUAAGUGAAAGUUUUCUCCAGUGCAACAGUUCUCCAGAUGAAGUGUUUCAGUCCCUGGUGUAGCAAGUCUUGCAUUAGCUGUUCUGACGCUCCCUGCCCAAGCUGUGCUGAGUGAGGGAACUCUGAGAACACAUCCUCUCAAAUAUAGUACAAUGAAGUAAAUGUAUAAAUAUAUUUGAAUGUGUUGGAGAAUCCCUCCCAGACAGCAGGUUGAGGGAGGUGUGCAGGACAGACACGAUACAUGACACAAGAUACUCUAUAGCCAGGCAGUUGCCAAAGGAAAUUUUGUCCGUUUGUUUUGGCUACCCAACCCGACUUAUGUUGCUCCCUCCGUCCAUGUCACCACUCCACUGUGUUGUGUUAGUUUCUCCGGGCACCGUCAUGUCAGUUGUCUCGCAGCUUUACGGCCAGCCUCCUGGUUCUACCGUGUAAAUAUGUACAGCUCCAAACAUUACUUUCUGGUCAUUUUUAUGGAUUUUUCAAUAAUUCCCCCAAAAUAGGUCUGAAGUUCUUAAUUAUGGUAUUACAGAGAUUCUUCCAAACAAUAAUUAUUUCUUUAAACUUUAUCAAUAGCUAAUAUAUUUCUAUACAAUUUUCUUUGUCUUUGGGUCACCAGCACUCAGCUACAUGGUGCACGUAACCUUGUAACUGAUCAAGAAAAAUUAAGAUGUAGUUAUAAUACAAAAAACACUGCUUUUGCCUUCGAAAGAACAGAAUUCUGGGGCAAUUGGUCGACAAUUUGAGUUCAGUUUGAACCAUUAGAAAAAGGCAAUCAUAUGAUGUCACUCUGUCUUUGUUGUGGGUUGAGAGCAGUGUUUGGAGGAGCGGGAGCCCGGCGCUCAGGUUGUGUCUGUACAGCAGCGCCUUGCCUCACCAUCGCUCGUGGCUUCUCCAUGGUUACAGUACAAACCAAGAACACAGUGGGAGGAAAUCUGAGGAACAAGAGCCUUUUGCUGGGAUUCGCGACGCUCGACGUUACAAUACAAACACAAAGUGAAGAGUGUCCUGACGUCCCUGGGUGGUUCCUUGAUUUCGCCCCAUACACUUAGCUGUCAGAACUGUACAGUGGAAUUUUUGUAGUUUUGUCAGAGUCCUGUAGAAUUAUGGUCAUUUAUGCAUGAUGUGAUGAUGUGCAACGGCCGUGCUGAUUUUAUAAGGAGUAGUUUUAACCCUUGAUAAUGCAUAAUGGCUAGAUGUUUGUAAACUUUUCUGCUCUGAACCUUCUUGAGGGAAAAGCUCAAAUAUGGAAACUGAAAAUUUCCAGUGACUUUUUCAUGGCAAGACUAGCCACCCAAAAGAAUAGUGUGUCUGUUUGUCACCAAGUCUGCCUGGCUAUAUUAGAAAUUAACUACAUGUUCAACAUAUAUGUUAUAUCACAGUUCUAGAAAGCUAACCCCACCAUGUAGUGUAUCUCCAGUGGAUUGUUUAUCAGAAAUUGUUAUGUAUAUAUAUAUAAUGAAAAUAUACAGAAUGCUUAAAAAGGA